AUGGAGAUUCACAUUUUGCUAUUAUUUGUCACGCUCUCCCUAGCCACAAUUCGGUUCUUUUUGAACCGCCACCGCAAAAAGAACCAGCCACCCGGUCCAACCGGCCUCCCAAUAAUCGGAAACCUCCACCAACUAGGCCCAAAACUCCACUGCACCCUCUCCUGCCUGGCCAAAACCUACGGCCCCAUCAUUUCCCUCCGCCUCGGCUUCACCACCGUCAUCGUCGCCUCCUCCCCCGCCGUCGCCAAAGAAAUCCUCCAAAAGAACGACCAGGCCUUCGCCAACCGCCCCAUUCCGGAUUCCCUGACCGCUCAGCCCAACGUCGACGACACCAUCUCCUGGGCCGCCGGCGACCCACUGUGGAAAAACCGCCGCCGGUUCUGCUCCACCCGUCUAUUCAGCACCCAACGCCUCGACCUCCUCCAGCACCUCCGGCAUCGGAAAGCGCAGCAACUGGUGCAACACCUCCGUAAAAAAGCUUCAACCAGAACGGCGGUGGACAUCGGCGCGCUAGCGUUCGCGACGAUGCUGAACCUUCUGGCGAACACGGUGUUCUCGGAGGAUCUGGUGGACUCGGAGUUCGAGAGUGCUGGUGAGUUCAAGGAGCUGGCAUGGAGGAUCAUGGAGGAUUCCGGGAGGUUGAACCUGUCGGAUUAUUUUCCGGUGCUGAAGCGGUUUGACUUGCAGGGUGUGAAGAGGCACGUGAAGGUUUCCUAUGUGAGGUUGCAUGAGAUCUUUGGUGAGGUUAUUGGGCGGCGCGUGAGAGAUAGAGAAAGCUCGCGUGGUGCAAGUAGUAAUGGUGAUUUCCUAGAUGUGUUGCUUGAUCAUUGUGAACAAGAGGAUGGUUCUAUUUUCACUGUUGAAAGCAUCAGGACAAUGAUUGUGGAUAUGUUCAUUGCUGGAAGUGAUACUUCAGGAUCAACAACAGAGUGGGCAAUGUCAGAGCUUCUACGCAACUCAGAAGUAAUGCAAAAGGCGAGAAAGGAGCUGAUCCAAGUGAUUGGAACCUCCAAUGAAGUAACAGAAUCGGAUAUUCCUAGACUCCCAUACAUCCAAGCAAUAGUGAAAGAGACUCUGAGGCUUCAUCCACCAGUGCCCCUUCUAUUACCCUAUGUUGCAGGAAAUGAUGUUGAGAUAAACGGGUACACCAUUCACAAAGGAGACCAGGUUAUGAUAAACGCAUGGUCCAUUGGUAGAGACCCGGAGUUAUGGGAUGAUCCAUUGACAUUUGAGCCUGAAAGGUUUCUCAAAUCCAACAUAGAUUUCAGAGGUAACUUUGAAUAUUUGCCUUUUGGUAGUGGAAGGAGAGUUUGUCCUGGUCAGCCACUUGCUAUUAGGAUGGUUAGUUUAAUGGUGGCUGUGUUGGUGCAUUCUUUUGAGUGGGAGCUUCCUCAGGGCGUCACUGCUGAAACGCUUGACAUGAGUGAGAAAUAUGGGAUAGCAUUGACGAAGCUCACUCCUCUUUCUGCUAUUCCAAUACCAAUGUCAAUAUAA